AUGGAGGCUUUACCAGCAUUAGUGGAUAGCGUGAGGGCGAUACAGACAAAGCUGGUGGAAUUGAGAACUAUUAGAGAGGAAUUUUCGGACAUGAAAGCAAUUAUCAAUAAUCAGAAUUAUAAUUUGAAAGUUGAUGAUGACCUGAAAGUGAAGAAGUCUUAUUUCAGGCAUGUAUUCAACGCAAAAUAUAACCUUUCAUUUGGAACUCCGCCAACGCCAACUCUACCGACGUUUGUGCAACUUGUAUAA